GCCCGGUGCUGAAGGGCAGGGAGCAAUUGAUGGUGCUACUUUGAACUGAUUUUUCUUUCCCCCCUUCUUUUUUGCACAAAGAGUCUCAUGUCUAAUAUUUAGACAUGAUGAGCUUUGUGCAAAUACUGACUUUGGUAAUUCUUGCUGUAUUUCACCCCUCAAUUAUUUUGGCACAACAACAAGAAGAAGCUGUUGAUUCAGAAUGUACCCAUCUCGGACAAUCAUAUGCAGAUAGAGAUGUUUGGAAGCCAGAACCAUGCCAAAUAUGUGUGUGUGACUCAGGAGCUGUUCUCUGCGAUGACAUAAUAUGUGAUGAACAAGAGUUGGACUGUCCCAGCCCAGAGAUUCCAUUUGGGGAAUGCUGUCCAGUCUGUCCACAGCCUCCAAAACCUACUCCCCAUCCUCCUAGUGGUCCUAUACCUGCAGGCCCAAAAGGAGAUCCUGGUCCACCUGGUAUUCCUGGGAGAAAUGGUGAUCCUGGAAUCCCUGGACAACCAGGUACUCCUGGUCCUCCUGGCGCCCCUGGAAUCUGUGAAUCAUGUCCACCUAUUAACCAGAAUUUCUCUCCUCAGUAUGAAUCGUAUGAUGUCAAGGCUGGCGGUGUUGGAGCAGCAGGCAUGCCAGGGCUACCUGGUCCCCCAGGACCUCCUGGUCCCCCUGGCGCAAUUGGUCAUCCUGGUUCCCCUGGUUCUCCUGGAUACCAAGGUCCCCCUGGUGAGCCUGGACAAGCUGGUCCCUCAGGACCCCCAGGACCAUCUGGUGCUAUGGGUCCAGCUGGACCAGCAGGAAAAGAUGGUGAAUCUGGAAGACCUGGACGACCUGGAGAACGUGGCUUGCCUGGAGCCCCGGGUGUCAAAGGUCCUUCAGGCAUGCCUGGAUUCCCUGGUAUGAAAGGACAUCGAGGUUUUGAUGGACGGAAUGGAGAAAAAGGUGAACAAGGUGCACCUGGAUUGAAGGGUGAAAAUGGUCUUCCUGGAGAAAAUGGAUCCCCUGGCCCUAUGGGUCCAAGAGGUCUUCCUGGGGAAAGAGGACGACCUGGACUUCCUGGAAGUGCAGGGUCUCGUGGUAAUGAUGGAGCUCCUGGAGCAUCUGGCCAACCAGGCCCUCCUGGUCCCCCUGGAACUGCAGGAUUUCCUGGUUCUCCUGGUGCUAAGGGAGAAAAUGGGCCUGCAGGCUCCCCUGGUUCAAAUGGUGCCCCUGGACAAAGAGGAGAACCUGGGCCUCAGGGCCAUGCUGGCGCUCAGGGUCCUCCAGGCCCUCCUGGAAACAAUGGCAGCCCUGGCAGUAAAGGCGAAGCGGGCCCUGGUGGCAUGCCUGGACCUCCUGGAUUAAGUGGGGCCCGUGGUCCUCCAGGAGCUGCAGGUACACCUGGUACUCCUGGACAGAGAGGUCCUGCGGGUGAACCUGGUAAAAAUGGUGCCAAGGGAGAGCCAGGUGCAAGAGGUGAACGUGGUGAAGCUGGUAUUCCAGGUCAACCAGGGGCUAAAGGUGAAGAUGGCAAAAAUGGUAACCCAGGAGAACCAGGUGCAAAUGGAAUCCCAGGAUCUCCAGGAGAGAGGGGAGCCCCUGGAUUCCGAGGUGCUGCAGGAAGCCCUGGCACUCCAGGUGAAAAGGGCCCUGCUGGUGAGCGUGGUGGUCCAGGUGCUCCAGGUCCUAGAGGACCCGCUGGUGAAGCAGGACGUGAUGGGAAUCCCGGAAGUCCAGGACAAAGGGGUUUACCAGGAAGUCCAGGAGGCCCAGGUGCUGAUGGCAAACCAGGCCCACCCGGCAGUCAAGGAGAAUCUGGUCGAGCUGGUCCCCCAGGCCCAUCUGGUCCCCGAGGUCAACCUGGAGUCAUGGGUUUCCCUGGUCCUAAAGGCAAUGAUGGUCCACCUGGAAAGAAUGGAGAACGAGGUAACCCAGGAGGUCCUGGUCCCCAAGGUAUUGCUGGAAAGAAUGGUGAGGCUGGACCUCCAGGUCCUCCAGGAUCUGCUGGUCCACCUGGUGAAAGAGGAGAACCUGGAGCGACUGGACCACAGGGCUUCCAAGGUUUGCCAGGGACUAAUGGCCCUCCUGGAGAAAAUGGAAAGCCUGGUGAUGCUGGUCCAAAAGGUGAAGCUGGUGCACCUGGAACACCAGGAGGCAAGGGUGAUGCUGGUCCACCUGGUGAACGUGGUGCUCCAGGAACCCCAGGAACUCCAGGAGCAAGAGGUGGAGCUGGUCCCCCUGGUCCUGAAGGUGGAAAAGGUCCUGCUGGUCCACCUGGUCCUCCUGGCAACUCAGGUCCACCUGGUCUGCAGGGUAUGCCUGGAGAAAGAGGAGGUGCUGGACUUCCAGGUCCCAAAGGUGACAAGGGUGAACCAGGUGGCAAAGGUGGUGAUGGACCCCCUGGGAAAGAUGGCUCAAGAGGUCCAGCAGGUCCCAUUGGACCACCUGGUCCAGCUGGUCAGCCUGGAGAUAAGGGUGAAAGCGGUCCAGCUGGGGCUUCUGGUCUUCCUGGUCCUCGUGGUGGCCCAGGUGAAAGAGGUGAACAUGGACCGCCUGGGCCUGCUGGCUUCCCUGGUGCUCCUGGGACAAAUGGUGAACCUGGUGCUAAAGGAGAGAGAGGUGCUCCAGGAGAAAAAGGUGAAGGAGGGCCUGUUGGACCCCAUGGACCCCCUGGCAAAGAUGGAGCAAGUGGACAUGCAGGUCUUGGUCCUCCAGGCCCCCGAGGGAACAGAGGAGAAAGAGGGUCAGAUGGCUCUCCUGGUCAUCCUGAACCAGGUCCUCCUGGCCCACCUGGUGCCCCUGGUCCUUGCUGUGGUGGUGGUGCUGCUGCUUCCUUUGGACCUUCACAAGAAAAAAGUGCCCCAUAUUAUGGAGAUGAGCCUGCAGUCAACACUGAAGAGAUUUUGUCCUCACUCAAAUCAAUGAAUGGACAGAUAGAAAGCAUCAUUAGUCCUGAUGGAUCACGAAAAAAUCCUGCACGUAAUUGCCGUGACCUGAAAUUCUGCCAUCCUGAACUCAAGAGUGGACUUUACUGGGUUGAUCCUAACCAAGGUUGCAAGAUGGAUGCUAUCCAAGCGUACUGUAAUAUGGACACCGGUGAAACAUGUAUAGAUGCCAGCCCCAAGAAUGCACGGAAGAACUGGUGGACAGAUUCCAAAGGGGAAAAGAAAUACAUUUUUGGAGAGUCCAUGAAUGGUGGUUUCCAGUUUAGCUAUGGUAAUCCCAAGCUUCCUGAAGACAUUCUCGAAGUUCAAUUGGCAUUCCUUAGACUUCUUUCCAGUCGUGCUUCACAGAACAUCACAUAUCAUUGCAAGAACAGCAUUGCUUAUAUGGAUCAAGCCAGUGGGAACGUAAAGAAAGCUCUGAAGUUGAUGGGUUCCAAUGAUGGUGAAUUCAAGGCUGAAGGAAAUAGUAAAUUCACAUACACAGUUCUGGAAGAUGGUUGCAGUAAACACACUGGGGAAUGGGGUAAAACAGUCUUUGAAUACCGAACACGCAAGGCUUCGAGACUGCCCAUCAUCGAUAUUGCUCCCUUUGAUAUUGGUGGUCCUGAUCAAGAAUUUGGUGCGGACAUUGGCCCUGUUUGCUUUUUGUAAACUAAGGAACUUGUUCUCUUUGAAAGCCCAGCAAACAAACCCACACUCCAACUGUGUUCCUCUUGUUUAAUCUUGUCAACCAAUACAGGUGAACAACUGUAUUCCAGUUAUUUAUUUCCAAAAUUUCUGGAAAAAAAAAAGAUGAUUUGACAGAAAGGGAUCAUUUUUGUUUUGCUAGUACACCAAAUACAAUUCAAAUGCUUUUGGCUCUAUUUUUUUUACCAAUUCCAUCUUCAAAAUGUCUCAGUGGUGCUAUAAUAAACUUCAACAGUCUUACAACAAUUCUGUGUUCCAGUCUUUGAAUGCUGCCCCAAUUUCAAGGCACUGAAUACCCCAUGCAUGAACAAUUUAUCCUCCUUUCUGAGAUGGUAAAAACAAAAAGCUAGAAAGGACGUCCCUGUUUCAACUACCUCAUCUUGGACAGAAACUGGGAUGAAUUAGCUGUCUCAUCAAAAACAAAAACAAGUGAACAAACAAAGCUUUAUAUGCAUUUGAGAGAUUUAUAAAUUGUUUGUUCUUUUCAUAAAACUGGUAUAGUUCUGUGCCGAUGGGUAGUGGACAAAGUACAGGCUAGUGCAAGGAUUGAGUGGCAGCCCCUCUUUUUACGCUACUCAUUUUAUUAAUGGAUUUGAUUCUAUUUUUUCAAAGGUGCUUCUAUACUUUCUUGUCAUUGCUGGUCAAGACCACUAAAACUUGGGAAGGCAAAUAUGAUGGUGCUAAUCUAUUUUCACUUUAAAAACUGCAGGUCAGGAUCAUUGUUGACUUGCACUAAAAAGCCUAGAUUUAUAACAUUUGUCAAUGUUUCCUGUUGAAGAUUGUUCUUGAGGACUUUCUCCCUUCAUUGUGUAUAUUUCAAGAAAUAGCCUAGAUGGUGAGGCUACUUUGGUCCCAUUCACACAGUGAGCGUGUUGAAGGAUAACCAUCUUUGUAAGCUUGUAUGUGGUUGUUGGUCUUUUCCUCACAGAGACACAUAAUAAAAUCUCCUAAUAAAA